AUGUCGUACCCGGGCCGCCAUAGCUCAGAUCGAGGCGAAUUGGCAGGCAGUCCGGCCGACGCGCACAGCAGCAGCUGGACCAAUGACGCGGGAUCCGCUCUGCUGCCACGGGUACGGACACGUGGCAGUCCGGCGCCGGCUGCAGCACCAGGCAAAUCCUUAUCCGCGAACGACCACGUGGCUGCACUCCCAUCGUCCCCCGGAGCAGAUCCCCCCUAUCAAAGCACCGACGCCGCAUACAAGAAAACGGAUUCGAAUGCUCCGCCGACUGAUCUCCCCGCUAGGAAUGGCGCUGACCUACCCACUCGCGCUCACACCAUGAACGACGCUCUUACCUCCUCUGCUUCUGCUCUCCCUUCCUCAACACUAUCCUCCUCUGCUCUCGCAUCGUCCGCGAUUCACGUGCAUGCCGUCCAAUCCGCGCCAGACAGCCUCCCCAUGGAAUCCGGAAAAUCCGGGAAGCCACGUAGGCCCAUUCCGGGGCAGAUGACGCCUCUCGCGGCGCUCCUCGGAUCGCCGCAAACCGCGGGGAUCGCGCUCUCGGGUCCCGACGCGUCGCCUCCCCCCAUGCUGCUCCCCUCCCCGCCCGUUUCCCCCGUCGGGAACAGCUGCGCGGGGGACGGGGAAGCCUCCGCGUUUCUCCCCGCCGACUCCGCCUCCGCGGCGGGCGGGGCGGGAAGAAGGGCUCCCCGGCGCGCGGGGUCGUGGCGAGUUUCUGAGAGCGCGGGGCGGGCGGAAGGGGUGGGCGGAAGCGGAGGGGACUCCCCCCACGGGGUGGCGGAAGGGGAAGCGGGGGAAGCGGGAGGGGCGGGGGAGGGGGGGUGCUUUUACGAGUCAGUGCGCGUGCCGCGUGACGUGGUGCGCGUGUGGCAGGACUGCUGGCGUGGCGCGUGGCAGGCUGACGUGGAGAUCCGAUCCGCCGUGGAUGGCGGCCUGGUGCUGGCGCAGGGCGCCGUGCUGGCGGCCCACUCUCAGGGUCUCGAGCGCAUGCUAGCAGGAGCCAUGCUGCAGCAGGCGCGCCCCCCGUGGGUGAUCGUGCUGAAAGGAGUCCCUGUGGAGGCUAUAAGAGGGGUCGUCCAGGCGCUCUACUGCGGCACCAUGGACGACGCACUCAUGGAUCGGCACGUCUUCCAUCUCCUCCUCCUCGCCCACUCCCUCCCCAUCCCGCUCCUUAAAUCCCUCUGCCUUGAAGCUCUCCGUUCCCGCCUCCUCUCCCCCACCAACGCCGUCGACACACUUGUCCUCGCGCGAUUGGUCGGCUCGCGCGCGCUGCAGGCGCUGACUCAGCAGUACAUCGUGCGGCACCACGCUGACGUGGCGCUGACGGACGCGUGGGCGAUGCUGAGUCAGGAGUACCCGGAUGUUAAACAGAUGCUUGUGCAGAUGGUCGAAGCGAGGAAGAGGCGCGACACUGGCUUGCACGGAGAGGAGGCGUGGGCGAGGCAGCAGGUGCAGCAGGCGGUGAGGGCAUUGGAGCACAUCUGCAACGACGGCAGCUGUGCCACCUCCGCCUCUGCUUCUGCCUCUGUCUCCUCUCCCCCUCCCGCUGCUCCUCCUUGUGCUGCUCCCGCCUCUGCUUCCUCCGCUGAGCCUUCCUCUGCGUCUGCUGUGGAGAGUGGGGGAGGGAGGGCUGGUACGGGGGUUGAGGGGGAUGGGGCAGAGGAAGGGGGAGGAGGAAGGCGGAUGGAAGGGGCGGAAGGGGAGGAAGCGAAGGGGCGGGAACCCGGUGGUGCUGCUACUGCUGCAGUUGGUGCUGCUACUGCUGCAGUUGGUGCUGCUACUGCUGCAGUUGGUGCUGCUACUGCUGCAGUUGGUGCUGCAGCAGAUACGAGUUCCACAGACUCUCAGAAUCAACCAGACGAAAUCUUGCAGAGUCAAGGAGGUCAAAAGGGUCCAAUUGGUCAACUAGGCCAUUCGGGACCCAACACUCUCUCCCCUACUACCACCCUCGCACCUACCCUCUCCUCCCUCUCCUCCUCCUCCUCCCUCCUAUCUGUCCGCCCCAUGUCCCCCCCAACACCCGCCACCCCCGCCGUCCCCCCCACCCCCUGCGGACUCCCCAAGUGCCGCCCGGUCGAGGGGCUGAUUCGGCACUUUGCUAAGUGCGGUGUGAAGGUGUCGGGGGGGUGUGGGAGCUGCAAGGUGGUGUGGCAGCUGCUGGAGCAGCACUCGAGUGCGUGUGAGAAGCACAAGGGAUGCCGCGUGCCUCUGUGCAGGCAAUUUAAGAGCAAGCAACAGCAGGAGCAGGGCAGUGGGUUGCCUGCUGCAGGCAAGGAGAAGCUGAGUGCAGCAGAGCAUGCAGAGCAAGUCACAGCACUGGCCAAGGCUCUCUUGGCCUUAGAGGAUGCCAAGUCUUUGCUCAUCACAGUAGGCCCCACCACGUCCCACAAGCGAUCCUCCCCCCUAUGCCAUAGCCCUCAUUAUCUCCCUUCGUUGUCUGCCGCCUCGUUUAUCUCCCCUCGCUGCUCGUCGCACUCGCCAUUGCUAGUGGGGUCCGCCGUCGCCUCGCUCUCUAGUCCGUCCCGUCGCCUUUUCGUCGCCCUCGCAAACACACGCGUGACGGCCCUCCCGUCGUCGUCACGGUCUCCCCUCCCGGUCCGUUAUUCUCCCGUUCACCCCUCUUGUCCCCUCGCCCUCGCGAUUUCCCUCCGAUCCCGUCGCCUUCCCGUUCUCCCGCCCCUCGCCUUCGAUGUCCCCUCUUCCUUCCCGUCGCCUUCGAUGUCCCCUCUUCCUUCCCGUCGCCCUCACUAUCUCCCUUCUCUCACGUUGCCUUCGAUGUCCCCCUUUUCUUUCCGUCGCCCUCGCGAUAUCCCUUCCCCCUCCCGUCGCCUGUCCGCUCUCCCUCCCGUCGCCUGUCCGCUCUCCCUCCCGUCGCCUUCGCGCUCUCCCUCCCGUCGCCUGUCCGCUCUCUCUCCCGUCGCCUGUCCGCUCCCCCCGCCCUCGCCUUCGCGCUCUCCUUCCCGUUGCCUGUCCGCCCUCCCUCCCUUCGCCUUCGCGCUCUCUCUCCCGUCGCCUGUCCGCUCCUCCUCCCCUUGCCUUCGUGCUCUCUCUCCCAUCGCCUUCGUGCUCUCCCUCCCGUCGGCUUCGCGCCCUCCCUCCCGUCUCCUUCGCGCUCUCCCUCCCGUUGCCUGUUCGCCCUCCCUCCCUUCGCCUUCGCGCUCUCUCUCCCGUCGCCAGUCCGCUCUCCCUCCCAUCGCCUUAGCGCUCUCCCUCCCAUCGCCUUAG